UCGAUAACGGUCUUGUUUUUGUUUUGCCCAACACGAGCGCGUGUUUUCCAUUUAAAUUUGUAAUUAUCAAUAAAAACCAGGCCGGGAUGUCGCUUAUUACCCGUUUGCUGACCGGGAACAACGCCCUGCGUCUGCGGGCCUUGGAAACUUUGGGCAGGGCCGGCUACAGUUCGCAUGCCAAGUUCUCGGAGCACAAGCCCAUCGAGAAGAUCCGGAACAUAGGAAUCUCGGCGCACAUAGACAGUGGCAAGACAACGCUGACGGAGAGAAUUCUCUUUUACACCGGAAGAAUUGCGGAGAUGCACGAAGUGCGGGGAAAGGACAACGUGGGGGCCACUAUGGACAGCAUGGAGCUGGAGCGACAGCGGGGCAUCACCAUCCAAUCGGCAGCCACAUAUACCCUGUGGAAGGACACCAACAUCAAUAUUAUCGACACCCCGGGACAUGUGGACUUCACGGUGGAGGUGGAGCGCGCCCUUCGAGUCUUGGAUGGCGCCGUUCUGGUUUUGUGCGCCGUGGGCGGAGUUCAGAGUCAGACCCUGACUGUCAACCGGCAGAUGAAGCGAUACAAUGUCCCCUGCCUGGCCUUCAUCAACAAGCUGGAUCGUCUGGGCUCCAAUCCCUACCGGGUGCUGUCCCAAAUGAGGUCCAAGAUGAACCACAAUGCAGCCUUCAUUCAACUGCCCAUUGGUGUGGAGAGCAACUGCAAGGGCAUUAUCGAUUUGGUGCGCGAAAGAGCCAUUUACUUCGAGGGCGACCAUGGGAUGGACAUAAGGCUAGACGAAAUCCCACAGGAUAUGCGGGUGGAAAGCCAGGAGCGAAGGCAGGAGCUCAUCGAACACUUGUCCAAUGCCGACGACAAGUUCGGCGAACUUUUCCUUGAAGAAAAACCCUUCACGGAAGAUGACAUCAAGGCUGCCUUGAGGAGAACCUGUAUCAGCAGAACCUUUACUCCUGUUCUGGUAGGCACAGCACUGAAAAACAAGGGUGUCCAGCCCCUGUUAGAUGCCGUACUGGAGUACCUGCCCAAUCCCGGGGAAGUGGAGAAUCUGGGCUUCAUAGAAAAGGAGGGGGAGGAGCCGGAGAAAAUAGUCUUGAACCCCGCCCGCGACGGCAAGGAUCCCUUUGUGGGAUUGGCCUUCAAACUGGAAGCUGGACGCUUCGGUCAACUAACCUACCUCAGGUGCUACCAAGGAGUUCUUCGGAAGGGUGACAACAUCUUCAAUGCCCGCACCAAUAAGAAAGUGAGAAUCGCUCGCCUGGUUCGCCUCCACUCAAAUCAAAUGGAGGAUGUCAACGAGGUGUAUGCCGGCGAUAUAUUUGCUUUGUUCGGAGUGGAUUGCGCCUCUGGAGACACCUUUACCACCAAUCCCAAGAACAACCUGGCCAUGGAAUCCAUCUUCGUGCCCGAACCCGUUGUCUCGAUGGCAAUCAAGCCGAACAAUACCAAGGACAGAGAUAAUUUCUCAAAGGCCAUUGCCAGGUUCACCAAAGAGGAUCCCACAUUCCACUUCUUUUUCGACAACGAUGUGAAGGAAACUCUCGUUUCCGGAAUGGGUGAACUGCAUUUGGAGAUCUACGCCCAGAGAAUGGAGAGGGAGUAUGGCUGCCCAGUGACGCUGGGAAAGCCAAAGGUAGCAUUUAGAGAAACCUUGGUUGGACCCUGUGAGUUCGAUUACCUGCACAAGAAGCAAUCGGGAGGAUCGGGCCAGUAUGCCAGGAUUAUAGGAGUCAUGGAGCCACUGCCGCCCAAUCAAAACACCCUGCUGGAAUUCGUGGACGAAACAGUGGGCACUAAUGUGCCGAAACAAUUUAUUCCCGGAGUCGAAAGGGGUUACAGAGAAAUGGCUGAGAAGGGAAUGCUCUCCGGCCACAAGCUAUCUGGCAUUCGAUUCCGCCUGCAAGACGGUGGCCAUCACAUCGUGGACUCCAGUGAGCUGGCCUUCAUGCUGGCAGCCCACGGUGCAAUCAAAGAGGUCUUCCAAAACGGCAGCUGGCAAAUCCUAGAGCCCAUUAUGCUGGUUGAGGUCACUGCGCCCGAGGAAUUCCAGGGCGCUGUAAUGGGCCACCUGAGCAAGCGACAUGGUAUUAUCACCGGAACUGAGGGAACCGAGGGCUGGUUUACUGUCUACGCAGAGGUUCCCCUGAAUGACAUGUUCGGCUAUGCGGGAGAACUGAGAUCUAGUACCCAGGGCAAGGGAGAGUUCACUAUGGAGUACUCCAGAUACUCCCCCUGCCUGCCCGAUGUUCAGGAACAGAUUGUGCGUCAAUACCAGGAGUCCCAGGGAUUGGCUCAGCCCGACAAGAAGAAAAAGAAGAACUAAUUUAUAUUCUAGCCCUAGUUCGAACUAUCAUCUCUACCUAUUCGAAAUGUUAUUGUGUCACCGCUAUUUUUGAUUAGUUAAAUUUUACUUCAUACAACAAUCUUCAGUUUCACUGUGAUAAAUCCGACUUGUACAGUGUUUUUGUAUAAUAAAAUAACAAGAAACGAACUUUUAAUAUAA